AUGACAAACUGCGUCCUCUUUCUAUCACUCUUUAUCAACUCCACUCCCCACCCUAGACACGCAUCAUUUAAUCACGGUCUCAAGUUCGAAGGGAGAGCAGCACGAGAAAGAAAGAGGGAGGCAAGCGAAAUUCCUGAAUGGAUAGACAGAUGCUACGUCAUCGGAGCUGCAUCCUCCACUCCACAAGAGGCUAGGAGCCGGGAGAAAGAGGCAGGCCAGCGGCAGGGGCCACCGAGCCAGCGCUCCUCCUCCCAGAAGCCGGGUUGGAGCCACAAAAAAGACUUUAACCUUUGCAUUCUCCUCCUCGACAGGAGCGGAGCAUCGGAGAAGAAGCAGCCUCGUUUGUUUCUGGUGUCAUCUCCGCCAGAAUUUCCCUGGAAGGACUUGGGUGGGGUCUGUAGACCAUUGCUCUAA